AUGUUUCAUUUUGGUGGUAUUAUUAUGGACUCUCAAUUAACAAUAACCUGUAUUAGAAUUAUAAAUUGGGUGAAAGAUAAUUUAAUCAAAGUUAAUACUAUUAAGCCUAUCAUUGAAGAGAAUGAUCUUUUAAGUUUUAUAUUUAUAUUGGGUAUUAGUGAAGAAAUUGAACUAAUACAUAAAAAAGUUGAAGAAUCCUCACAGAUUGUUGUACAUGGAUUUGGAUCUGAUUUUACAUUUGUAGGAAGAGGUGUUGUUUUAGAAAAAUUUAAUUCAUGCUAUGAAAAUUAUUACAAUUCACUUAAUAAUAAUGGACAAGUAGACAGAGAUAAUGUUAUAUUUCCAUUUAUAGCAGCAGCACCUGGUAUUGGAAAAUCAAGAAUGAUGAAAGAAAUUGGUAUUCAAAUGUUUCAUAACAAACAAUUCUUUCCAUUAUUUACUUCAUUUGGUAAUGCAACUAAGUUUGAUGAACCAUUAGAACUAAAUCCAAUUAAUGGUUUAUGUAUUAGAAUAAUAUAUUCACUUCUAUGCGCAUUUAAAGGAAAGAAUAAUGCAGGCGCUUUUUAUGAAUUAGUUUCAAAAUGGUAUAAUUAUUUUGGAAAUAGAAAUGUUUACGAUUUACAAACAAUUUUAAAAGUGUGUAAACAAUUAAUUUCUCCAAAAGAGGAACUUAAUUUCUUUUUAGGAAUGGAGUACAAGUUCUUGAUAAAUGUGGUCAAUUUAGCUUACUAG